AACGGUGCCGUUCAAGGAAAACUCGGAGCCUGAAAACUUAUUCCGGAUGAGCGGGAAUAAUUUAUUCCAUCUCUUCAAAAAAGGAAAAUCAUCACAUUUGUAUUUCGCGAAUACAUCCUUCUUUUUUAUUUGACCCGAAGUCACUCAUUUGAUUGUUUACUGAUGGACGAUUUGGGUGUUCCUGAUGCAUUUAACUACCCUCUCAGUCCUCGUAUUGUUAUGUUUGAUGCUCUGCUUGCUGAUCUUGAGAACUCAGCAUUCCCUCUUGCUCGCUCUCCCGUCCUGCUGACGUCUGACCCUCCACUGACCUCUGACCCCCCAUCCAAUCCUCAGGAUUCGGUUCAAAUCCGACCACCCCCUCCGUCAUACACACCGCAACAAACCGUUUCUGCUGCAAUGAAAUCAGGAUCUCAGAACUCUGACCCAAACAAACUUUACAGUACGGUAUGUAAGCCACACUCUCCCCGCACAGCCGGCUCUUCUCCAGCUUUCUCCUCCUCAUCAGUAUUGGGUGGAGGUCUGAGUGAGCUCGAUCAUUUACUACAGGAGCUCAAUGCUACACAAUUCAACAUAACAGAUGAGAUUUUGGCCCAAUUCCCCACCACGAAAAAAGAUGACAAAUCUCCAAAGUGUGAUUCAUCUUCUACUGGAGCGGCGAAACCCUCGGCUACAUCUGCAACUCUAGAGCUGGACAAACUAAUGGCAUCUCUGUCAGACUUUAGAGUGCAAAGCACGCCUACAGCCUCUACAACUCCCGUGAGUCCGUUGACCCCUUCAAUACAGCAGACUGGAUCUGCGCUAGCUGCCACCACUGGAGGCUCCUUGGACAGUAUGCUUGGUCUCCUUCAAUCAGAUCUGAGCAGACAGGGAGUGUCCACCUCCUCUAAAGGAAACUGUUCUGCCUGUCAAAAACCAGUUGUAGGACAGGUUGUGACAGCUCUUGGACGGGUUUGGCAUCCAGAGCAUUUUGUUUGCUCUGAGUGUGAAUGUGAGCUUGGCAAUCGUAAUUUCUUUGAGAAAGACGGUCGACCAUACUGUGAGACAGAUUACUUUACCCUGUACUCGCCUCACUGCGCACAAUGCAACAAGCCCAUACUCAACAAAAUGGUGACUGCGCUGGAUAAAACCUGGCAUCCUGAAUGCUUCAACUGUGUGAAAUGCAGCCGAUCAUUUGGAGAUGAAGGUUUUCAUGACCGUGAGGGGCUGCAAUACUGCCAGCAGUGUUUUCUGGCCCUCUUUGCCUCCCGCUGUCAAGCUUGUUCCCAACCCAUCAUUGAGAAUUACAUCUCGGCUCUAAAUGCUCUGUGGCAUCCACAAUGCUUUGUUUGUAGGGAAUGCUAUUGCCCAUUUGUGAAUGGAAGUUUCUUUGAGUUUGAAGGGCAGCCCUUGUGUGAAGCCCACUACCACCAGUCCCGAGGCAGCAUGUGCCAAGCAUGCCAGCAGCCCAUCCUGGGGCGUUGUGUCAGUGCGAUGGGUGCCAAGUUUCAUCCCCACCAUCUGGUGUGCCACUUCUGCCUAAAACCACUUAGCAAGGGCUGUUUCAAAGAGCAGGAAAGCAAACCUUACUGCCAUCCCUGCUUUAUCAAACUCUUUGGCUAAGGAUAAUGAGAGGAAAAUAAGAAAUUCUCAACUACCAUACAAUAAAAAUGUAUAAAAAUGCAAAUGUUGAUAGGACAAAGAGAUGCCAAAUGCUUAUGGUGAAUACAAUAAAUUAACGCAUGAAUGAAGGGGAUGGAAAUCCAAAGCUUUAGUAAGCAAAACAUUUUAUUUAGUAAGCAAUACAAAUACAUGACUUGAGGUUACCGUCAGCGUGAACAUACUUUAACAUGCUCGGUGUAGUAAGAGCAGUUUCGUAUGGGGAUUGGUUGGACAUGUUUCAGUUACUCAUUGAGUUCUUAAGGGGGGGGUGUUGUACUUGGAAGUUUUAAGGGGAGUCUUCAAGGUAAGAAAUUGAUUCCAAAAUGAUAUCUCAAUCUACUUUCUCUUAUGCCUUCCCACAAGUAUAUGACAUUUUUUGUUAAAAACAAAUGAAUAAUGUUCACACCUAGAGAUCACUACAAUGGACCGCUAUUCAGAAAGCCAUCUUUUUCUUAUGCAUGGGUCUUGAUGGCAUAGUUGCAAUGAAAACAUAAAGGAAAACAUCCUGACUGUGCUUGUCGUAAUUCAUGCACAAAAGGGUUAAAAUUGUAUUAUUUUAUCUUACCUUAGUAUGGCUUCUUAAUGGUAAAGCUGCAAAUAGAACGUCAAUUUAUCAUUAAAGUAAUUCAAAUGACUCCAGCAGGUUAAUUUCUUUGGAAAUGAAAUGUUUGCUAGAGAAAGCAAUAUUUUGAGCUAAUUUACUAAAUAUGCCAAAUAAACAAUUUAGCACUCGACUGUGCUUGUUUUCAUUUUAAUAUCACUAAAUAAGCUCAAAAUUGUAUUUAGUUAAAUCCAUAUAGGGCUUAGCUUGUAGAAAGUCCUACACAUUUGGGAUGGCACAAGGGUGAGUAAAUUCUGAGAUAAUGUUCAUAUUUGACUGAAAUAUUUUUUUACAAAUCAAAUAUUUCGUUUUACACUUUAGCUUUGUGCUGCAACUUAUGUUCAUUGCUAAAGCAUUUCUUUUAUAUUCUCAAUUUCCAUUAUUAAUGUAUUUGUUUUUGUAAUGCAAACUAUAUGCAAAAAUCUGUGUUUGCAUCAUUUAUGAUCAGUGCUUUAUCCUUAAUCAGCAUCCAAUAAAUAAAUUUGUUUUUUUUAGACUACAUUAUAUUUGUACAACGUUACACAAAACAAAAUAAAAGUCAAUUGUAAAUUG